AUGGGGCCCGCCAGUGAGCGGCCCGGCCCCAGCAAGCCACCGGGCAGGGCGCCCAGACCGCAGGGGGGCCCGCCGGAAGGCCAUCCCGGCUGGGUGUACCAGGGGUUCGGCCCGCAGGGCGGGUACUGCCCCCCUCAGGGGUGGGCCCCCGUGGGCGGGUGGAUGGGGCCCAGCAGGGGCGCCUGGCCGUCCGUCCCGGGGUACUACGGGUGGGGGCCGGGCGUGGUGUGGGGGUGCGAGGGCUGGGCGGGCGCCCCCAGGCCCCCCGCGGGGGAUUACUACGGCUACAAGGUGCCGCAGCCCCAGUGGGUGAUGUCCGGGAAUGGACAGCCGUGGCCCGCGGAGGGGGGGUGGGGCAGGGGCCACCGGGGGCAGGGGAUGGAUGCCGGUGGGCAUGAUGCGGGAAUGGGGCCAUCCACCGCCGCCAAGGGCCAGGCAUCGGGCAAGGCCGAGGAGGGGGGCGGACAUGGAUCGCCUCCCAACAGGCCGACCAAGAAAAGGAACGCCCCACCUGGGGGCUACCCGUGCUACGGGUAUGGUGGGUCGCCGAGCGGCGCCUGGGACCCUCUGGGUAUUGGUGGGUCUCCUCCGGUGCCCCUUGUGCCCACUCAACCAUGGCCGUCAGGCUGCUGGCCUGGCCAAGCCGAGGCUGUGCCAAUGGCAGAGGGCUCCCUUCCUGGCUCAGCACAACAUUCCAGCGGGAUGGCAAUGAUUCCCGGAGGCUUCAGGGGUCCAGGUUGGAUGUACAUGCAACCAGUAGGAGCCGCCCAAGCCCAGAGCCAGCAAUACCAGGCUGUGGGCAGCUGCACACCCUCUUCAGGUAUGCAAUAUGCGGCUGAUGCCUCGACAAGUCCAUUGACAGGCAGCCGGGCCAUGCCCAAGUCUUUCACUCAGGGAUACAAAGUCGAGUCAAGACUACCCCAGCUGGAGUUCCCUGGGAGUCCGAUCUAUAUUUAUAUGACUGAGGACGUGGACUACUACAUGGAAACAAUGCCCUGGGACCAUGGUGUAGUUGGGAUGGACCUGGAAUGGCGACCAAGCUUUGUGAAAGGAGAGUCACCCAACAAGACAGCACUGAUCCAACUUUGCUGGCGGAAGAAGCACGGGAAGGGGUGGAAGGCAGGGUCCAAGGACUCGGACCCUGAGGGUGUUGUUUGCCUCCUGAUCCACCUUUCAAUGUGCGGCAUGCUACCCAAGUUGGCAAAUUGGCUAGGUUGCAAGGCAGUCACAAAGGUUGGCGUCGCUAUCUCUGGGGAUGCGCAAAAGCUGCGGAGCGACUUCAAGUUGGAAGUCAAUGGGUGCAUGGACCUUGGUGCUGUGGCUUCGAAAAAAGAGAUGCCAAGUGAUGCUCUCGAGGGCAAAGGGGUUUAUUCUGGAACAAAGUGCAGCCUUGCAGGCCUAUCAGAGAGGCUGCUCAGUGCCGCAAUGUCCAAGAGCAAGAAGGUCCGUUGCGGGAACUGGGAGAAGUUCCCAUUGUCUGAGGUGCAGAAGAGCUACGCUGCUCUGGACGCCUAUGCUUCGCUUCGCAUCUAUGAGGAGCUGAUGAAGCUGCCAACGAAGCCCAAGAGUGAACCUGCCAUGCCGUGCUCCCUCGCUCUGCCGUUUGUGUCACCAGACAGCAGCAGAGAUCCUGGAUCGGUGCAGGCAUCAGCAAAGCUGGGCGUUCUCCAGCCCAGCAAGCUGAAAGUGUACAACUUGUUCAUGGGGGACGCUGCCUCUGAUGGCAGCCCAAAGACCUUGAUGGAGGUAGCUGCAGAAGCCAGCAUCAAGCUGGACACAGUGCGCGGCUACCUGGCUGAUGCUAUAAUUGGCGGAUAUGGAUACGACUGGAAUCGCUGCGAUCUGCCAGAGGUUACACUGCGCACCAUUGCUGCCCUGGUGAGGGAGUUGCUCCUUUCCAAGGAGUCAAGGAGCCAGAAUCAAGGCAAACUGGCAGAGAGCGGCUUGCCUCUGGGGCAGGUAUCGCCACCGCCAUCAUCUGUGGCUGAUGAGAAUAGCAUUGUUAAUCUUGUCAGUCCUCAAAAGAGCAAGGCAACUGGAAAGGGUGCGGUGGCAAAGAGCAAGGUUGGCUCCAGUCAGGAGCCGUUGGAAGAUAUGUACAAAGACCUUGGCUAUUUUCUUACCAGUCUGGGUGUGAAAUGGGAUGGGGAGGGGAUCGUGGAUCUGCGGGCACACUUGAAGCGGAAGGGUGUAGGCCACCAGGAUUUCAAGUCGCGGCACAGGGGCGCCAUUACUGUUGGCCAGAUAGCCCUCGCCCUGGCGCACUUGAGCAGGAUGGUGGCAGCCUGUAUCCACAAGAGCGGGUCGGACGCCAGCCAUAGGGAGCCGGAGGUCGCCAAUGUGGACACCACGUUGAAGGAGUCGCCUGUUCCCAACGUCGUGAGCCCAGACUUGAAAAGUCGGCCAGUGUGUGGGGUGUGGACCCACGACCAGAUGCUGGCAGGGGUCAAGGGUGUGGGGCAGGGCGUUGGGGAGCAGGGGCUAUUGAAGCCAAGUUGA